CAGGAGGCCAGCUGUGAUGGAUGUCGGCGCCGUCGUGGUCUUGGGGAAUGGAUAAUGAACAACCCCACCAAGAACUAGUCAAGUGUGUGGUGGUUGGUGACACGGCCGUCGGCAAAACUCGCCUCAUUUGCGCACGCGCGUGCAACAAACAAGUCUCUUUGUCGCAACUUUUGGCCACGCACGUACCGACCGUAUGGGCCAUAGACCAGUAUCGGAUCUACAAAGACGUUCUAGAACGAUCAUGGGAGGUGGUGGACAGCGUCAACGUCAGUCUCAGACUGUGGGACACCUUCGGCGACCACGAAAAAGACAGAAGAUUCGCUUACGGCCGCUCCGACGUGGUUCUGCUGUGCUUCAGCAUCAACAGUCCCAUCUCCCUACGCAACUGCCGGUUGAUGUGGUACCCGGAAAUUCGUCGCUUCUGUCCCAGCACUCCCGUCAUUUUGGUGGGAUGCAAGAACGAUUUGCGGUACAUGUACCGCGACGAGGCGUACCUCAGCUACUUCCGGGACCGCAGCCCAUUCGUGCGGGCGACCAGAAAGAGCGACCUGGUGAUGCCCGACGAAGCUCGAGACGUGGCCCGCGAGCUCGGUCUAUUUUAUUACGAAGCGUCGGUACUUACCUAUUAUGGAGUUAACGAAGUGUUCGAGAACGCCAUCAGAGCGGCGCUCAUCGCUAGAAGGGCACAACGCUUUUGGAUGACGAACUUGAAAAAAGUUCAGCGACCAUUAUUGCAGGCACCUUUCAAGCCACCCCCACCUCUAAAACCCGAAGUUCAUAUAUCAAUAGGAUCGUUCUCGGACAACAUGCGACAUCUCUGGUUGAGUCGAGCUCACACAGAUGUCGUACUGGUCGUAGGAUCUGUGGGAUUCCCAGCACACCGUUUCAUAUUAGCAGCAUGUAGUAGAGCCUUCUACAGACUUCUCACUGCCGAUUUGAUGGCGCGCAGCACAAGCGACUCCAGCAUGGUAAGUUCCCUGGGCGAUUUCGCCGACGAAACAGAAUGUUUGGUCAAAGCGGAGCAAAAGACUUGCAAACGACGAGCCAGUUGCCAAGCUCUGCCCACUGCCAGAGAAUUGGAACAUCCGGCUUUCCAGUGCAUCAGGAACGUCCAACCAGAAGGGCAGACUGUGGUGACGUUGAGCAAAUUGGUUACUCCUUGUGCCAUGCAGCAAUGUUUGCAGUUUGCGUACACUGGUACUGUCGAUCGAAGUGCUUUGAAUUUACAGUUCCAUAAUUUCCAGGAAACCCGCGAAGCCGCCGAAUUUUUAGAACUGCCCCAGUUGUUAGUGAUGCUUACGAAACAUCCGUUCGUCGCGCCCGAUCCGCCAGACGAAGAUUACGAAAAUUUCAUCAAGAGAAGAUUGCAGGACAUCUGUUUGGAGCAGGGCCUUUUCGCCGACGUCAUAUUCGAGUUAGAUGACGGCGCUUGUACUGCACACAAGGGUAUGAUGGCCGCCCGGUGCGACGUCAUGAAAGCCAUGUUUAGAGGGGAUUUCAGAGAAAGCCAAGCUAAAGUGAUUGAAUUCCCGGGCGUUAGAGAAUACACGUUUCACAAGUUGCUGUGUUUCCUGUACACAGACGACGUACCAGAUGUAUCCGCCGUCCGAUGUGUCAAUUUGCUCGAGCUGGCGAACAGACUCUGUCUACCAAGACUAGUCGAUUUAGUAGAAAAGCGAGUGAUAGAAGACUUGGAGACGCUGCAACCGUCUGAAGCUAUCGAACAAUGUUUAAGACUGUUAGAACCGGUUAAGUUACACAACGGUCACCAAUUGGCCGACUGGUGCAUGAAUCACUUGUGCAUCAAUUACAACAAGCUGUGCAAGAUGUCGCCGCGUAGUUUAAGACUGUUGCAUCCGGACAACCAGGCUUAUCUCGUGGAGCACCGCUGGCCGCCCGUCUGGUACCUCAAGGACUUCGAUUACUAUCAAAAAUGCCUGGUGGAACGCGACAAAGAGCUCAAACCGACCAGCAAUGCGAGCCCCGGCUGUUUGUGUUUCUCGCGCAAAUCAGAGUCCGAUCCUGCGUUGUGUUCGAGCCAACUCUGACCUUGACUGUGACUAAAACGUACACUAUCCGUUUUGUUUACUAACUGUAGGGUUUAAGCGGUAAGGUAUCAAAAUUUUAACGACAAUUGAAAAAUGAC